CUUGGAACCCACUGAAACCAUUCUUCGCUCGCCAGUCCCGCCCGGCCCCGGCUCUUCCGAACCCCGGGAAACCGCGGGGUGGGGGGGUUGAAGGAGCAGGACGAAGCGGCGGAUGGAACUCUUGAAGGGCGCGAGCAUCGCAGGCCAACGCCGCGAGGGGCAUCAAACACCCGACAGCCCGGUCAUGGCCGGAUCUAUCUCGGGUGGCUCUCCAGCAGAUGGCCUCACGGGGAUUGACACCCCGGUGGAUCACGGCAACCGACUAGGUUCUGCAGCAGAGUUGCAGCGCCAUGCGGAAGCUCUUCGAGAGGAACUGCACCACAUGGCAGAGGCACAAGAACUACCACCGCUUGAGGAGCCGGCCUCAAGCAGUAGCGCGCCGCCACCGGAGCAGGACAAGAAGACUCAGGGGAGCACUGAAACGCAAGCCCAGAUCUCCUUGGGCACGGUGGGGCACCCUGUGUCUUGUGGCCAAGCCUGCCGGUAUGUGAAGCGCAAAGGGGGCUGCCGUGAGGGGGCUGCUUGUCUUUGCUGUCACCUUUGCUUCUGGGUACGCCACAAGGAUGAACAGCCGCCAGCGAGGCGUAAUCAGGCUAACCAAAGGAGACCGAUUUCCUCAAUGGGUACUGUGGGUCACCCGGUCUCCUGCGGAGACGCUUGCUCUUUGGCCUGGACCGAAGGUGGGUGCCCCGCUGGAAGUGCAUGUCAGCUUGAGAGUUCCGGUACAAGAGCAACAGUCACAACUUCGUGCGUGGCGGAUUCUGAAGUGCCACCGGUGUACUCCUGAGCCCCUGCCAGAGGUGGUCACCUAUCAGGGUCGAUUUCAUCCUCACCACCGGAGGUUAUUGGAACCAGGUGCUGCUGGUGCUGAUGUCACCCAACCUGCCAUUGCCUUCUCUGUGGGCUCCUUUGGCCAUCCCUUCAGCUGUGCGGAGCCUUGCAAGUACGCACACAAACCCAGAGGUUGCAAGGAUGGCCAAAGCUGCAGCCGCUGUCAUUUUUGCUCUUGGCAUAGGCAUGCGCCGCCGACACAACUUCCUUGCACGCGAUGGGAAGGUGUCAUCCAUGAAAGCCUUUGACCAUGGCCAAAUACCAUGGUGGACAUGAGACAAACUGGAACAGGGCGUGGCACGGAAGGUUUGAGACCAGGCGCUUAAAGCCACUCUCAAAACACCAAGCUGCCGCUGCAAGCAUAGCUGAGUCUGUCAGAGGAACUUUUACAAGGUGAAGCCGGAGUCGGACUCAUCAGUGUGAGGUUCACACCAUGUUUUUCGCAG